AUGAUGAAAGUGACAAGUAAAGGAAAGUAUUCUGCUGGCUAUAUGAAGAGACUGACAAGAGAGAAGCCAGUUGAGGAGGUUACUUCAGCCAUCCUGCUAGAGUUGAUCAUGGCACAGACCUGGAUGGUGACUGUGGAAUUGAAAAUAGGAUUCAAUCUGAUGACCCCUGAAAAGAGUUCAUUUGGAAGGCAUCACCGUUAUUCGUGGGACUCAAGAGUCGCGGGCUUUUGUCAGCGGACCAGCGGGGCCGACGAGCGCCAGCAGCACAGUGGGCGGCAGUCCGAGGAGGAGGACCUCCCCGUCGGGGACGAAGUCUGCAAACGCGGCUACCUGCGAAAGCAGAAGCAUGGGCACAAGCGUUACUUCGUGCUUAAACUCGAGACCGCCGACGCCCCAGCUCGGCUGGAAUACUACGAAAAUGCCAGGAAGUUCCGGCACAGUGUCCGCGCCGCGGCGGCUGCGGCGGCAGCGGCCGCCUCGGGCGCCGCGGUCCCCGCGCUCAUCCCCCCGCGGCGCGUGAUCACCCUGUACCAGUGCUUCUCGGUGAGCCAGCGAGCCGAUGCAAGGUACCGACACCUCAUUGCCCUAUUCACCCAGGACGAGUACUUCGCCAUGGUGGCCGAGAACGAGUCGGAACAGGAAAGCUGGUACUUGCUGCUCAGCCGCCUCAUCCUCGAUAGCAAGCGCCGCCGCUGCGGCACGCUCGGCGCACUGGCGGACCGAGAGCCGGCCGCGCGGGCGGCAGCGGCGGCGGCGGAGCCACCCUUCUACAGAGAUGUGUGGCAGGUAGUAGUCAAGCCCAGGGGGCUGGGGCACAGAAAAGAGCUGAGCGGCGUGUUCCGGCUGUGCCUUACCGACGAGGAGGUCGUGUUCGUGAGGCUCAACACCGAAGUGGCUAGCGUGGUCGUCCAGCUCCUGAGCAUCCGUCGCUGCGGGCACUCGGAGCAGUAUUUCUUCUUGGAAGUCGGCAGGUCCACGGUCAUCGGUCCGGGAGAGCUCUGGAUGCAGGUGGAUGACUGUGUCGUGGCCCAAAACAUGCACGAGCUGUUUUUGGAGAAGAUGAGAGCCCUGAGUGCAGACGACUACAGAGCCCGCUGCCGCAGCUACAGCAUCAGCAUCGGUGCCCACCUGUUAACCCUGCUGUCCGCUAGGAGGCACCUGGGCUUGCUGCCGCUCGAGCCCGGCGGCUGGCUCAGGAGGUCCCGCACUGAACAGUUUUGCCACCUCCGGGCCAUCGGUGACGGGGAAGACGAGAUGCUCGUCACCAGGCGCUUCGUGACACCCAGCGAGCCCGUGCCCCCCUGCAGGCGAGGGAGACUGUACCUGCCCAGAGCGCGCAGGUCCAGGAGAGCGAUUUCCAUGCCAGCGAGGUUUUUUCGCCGAUUACCAGCCAGCCAGGUACGUGCCCCGCACCGUGAAGCAGCCGCUAGCGACAGAGCUUGCCUGUCUGCUGAAGCAGCUGGCUCCGGCUCCGGCUCUGGCAACUCUGCGGAGGAAGGCAAUCCCCAGAGCAAAGAGGGUCAGGAGGGAAGUGGAGACGACUACAUGCCCAUGAACAGCAGGGGCUCAGGAAAUGGCCGAGGCUCGGGAGGUGGGCAUGGCUCAAGUGGCCAAGGCUCCAGUAGUCGGACCUCCGGAGGAAACCAGUGCUCUGGCGGGGAGCAGGGAUCCGGAGGCGGCCAGGGCUCAAGUCGCCGGCAGGGGUCUGGAGGUGGCCAGGGCUCAGGAGGAAACCAGUGCUCCAGAGACGGACGAGGCACUACCGGUGGGCAUGGCUCCGGCGGUGGCCCGGGACCCGGAGGUGGGCAAGGCUCCGGCGGUGGUCAGGGACCUGGUGAUGGCCAUGGCUGGGGCAGAGGCAAGAACUCUGAAGGGGACAAGGGCUCAGGACGUGGGAAAGGUUCCAACGGUGAUGGUGACCGUGGAAAAUCUCUGAAGAAAAGAUCCUACUUUGGCAAAUUAACUCAAAGCAAGCAAAUGCCACCACCUCCCGCGCCGCCGCCGCCUCCACCCCCAGCAGCUGGGGCAGCUGUUGGCAAGGGGAAGUCUGGAGGAAGAUUCCGACUUUAUUUUUGUGCUGACAGAGGAGCCACAAAAGAACGCAAAGAAGCCAAAGAACUGAAAGACCUGGAGACCCCAGAAGGUGCUGCUCGGGGUCUCCACAGAGCAAGAGCUUUUGAUGAAGAUGAGGAUUACGCGUACAUGCCAAUGAGGCCCGGGGUGGCUGCUUCUCUGGCAAGCUCCAAUGAUUAUAUGCCAAUGGCUCCUCAGAACGUCUCUGCUUCACUAAAGCGCCACUCUCGCCCACCUUUUGAAGAUGCCAGAGGGUACAUGAUGAUGUUUCCCCGAGAGAGCCCGCCACCUGCCCCAAGUCCUCCCAAGGCAGCUGAUCCCAAUAAAGAAGGUGACUCAAAGGAUGAUGGGGACAGUGACUACAUGUUUAUGGCUCCUGGGGCUGGUGCAAUUCCAAAAAACCCCAAAAAUCCUCAGGGUGGCGCUUCCUCGAAAAGUUGGAGCUCCUACUUCUCUCUGCCAAAUCCUUUUCGGAGUUCAUCCUUGGGACAGAGUGACCACAGGAAUACAAUGAAGCCCAAACUGCAAAAGCCCAGGAGUGAGCAGAGACAAGCUGACUACGUCAACGCUGACUUCAGUGAAAGAGUUCGCAAUAUGCCAGCCCCUUCCACUGAAGGACUGCCAGGUUCGUGGGGUGCGAUUGCUAAUCCCAGACACUCACUCUUUUCUAGUUACCUGAAUGUUGAGUUCGGAGUGCCAUUUCCAAACCCAGCAAACACCCUCUCAGAUCUCUUCUUAAGGGCUAUGCCAGGUGCCAACCCCUUCUCUCUGGACGGUGCUAGGUGGCCACUUCCUCUUCUUCCUCUCAGGGCCACGGGUAGCAACGCUAAUGGGGACGAGGGGGACUGCAUCAAAGUGAUUUUCAAUCCAGCGAUGACACCAGCCGUGCCUUUUGCUGACAGUGCCAUUCGCUAUGAUGCUGAAACAGGUCGAAUCUAUGUGGUCGACCCAUUUUCGGAGUGCUGUAUGGACAUUUCACGCUCCCCUAGCCGAUGCUCUGACCCCCCACCUGUAGCUAGGCUGCUGCAGGAAGAAGAGCACGGAAGAAGACACCCACCAAGCCGUUCGCAAACUUUCUUUGCAGCCGCCAGAACCGCAGUGUCAGCUUUUCCAACUGACAGCCUCGACAGAGACCUUUCUGCCUCCUCAGCCCCGGCUGCUGCUUGGGCAGCAGCGCCAACCUUAGCCGUGGGCCGGGCGUUAGCUGCAGCCUCGGCGCUCGCCGCUGCCCCGGGCAUCGGCGCAGCCGCCGCGAGCUUCGAGGCCGCAGCUGGGUUUGACUCCGCCUCCGCCCGCUGGUUCCAACCUGUUGUUGCUGCUGCCGCUGCCGCUGCUGCCGCCGCCGCCGCUGCCGCCGCCGCUGCUGCGGACGCCGAGGCGCUAAGCGGGGUGCAAGACAUUGCCGGUGGCUCGAGCCCUGGAGCCCCAAACCCACCCGCAGACCUUGUCAGAGGCGAGAAUGGGGCGGGCCGGGCCGCCACUCCCCCACGGCCACUUCGCCGUCGCUGGGUCCGGAGACCCCCGGAGAGAGAAGAUUCUGACAGUGACAACUUUUACCUGAGAAUGGGCCUUGUCAAACCUGACUACAAGAAGUUUAACUCUCCCAAAAGAGAGUGAUUACAUCGCCACAAAAAUACAUUCUAGAAGAAAAGUGGUGUUACAGAGAUUCAUCUUCGUCUACGCUAGAUCUACCUAAAAGAAAGCAACUCCAGAAGCUUCUGAAUAGAGAACAACCUACGUUUCUGCACGCCAACACGUGGACUGUGGCAGGUGGAUAAUCCUGUUCCUGCAGAUUGGUCAUACUGUUGCCUUAUGGAGCCAGUGAUUUGGAAUUGAGAGUAUUCACACUGUGCUUUGUUUUCCUCCCCAGUUUGACUCUUUGAAAGGAAACAAAAACUAUAAAAGUGAGCACCUCUUAACCUUUUCUUUCUUUAAAAGUGUUAUUUACAAUAUGUGUAAAUGUGACCAAUUCCAAUACUGACGGUGUACAUUUUAAUUUUGAAUUUUAAAAGCCUCUGAAUAACAGCAGAUAAAGAAAAAGGUGUAUUAACGAGAGGGUAGGUAUGAUCUAGAAUCCUUUUGUCUGAGUAGUACAUACACAAAAACAUUUCUUGAUCAAGGAAUUUAAUGUCUGAACUGACAGACAGGCAGAACUAAAGGGCAGAUAUCUCAGUUUUGGCUCAUAACAAAACUGCAACUUUCUGUCCAUAUUAAUUAAAUGUCAAUUAAACCGAUAUCUUGAUCGGGCAUUUCCAACAUUUGCAUGGCACAACUGAGGGACAGAUGAUCCAUUUGCUCAUUUACAACCCUGCGGUAUUCUGCCUGUCAGUCCAUUGAGCAUUUCCAAACCUACUCUUUUCAUGUUCUUUUAAAACCAACGUUUUCCUCAUGAAAGAAGCAAGCUUCUUCAAAACUCUCCUCCUCACUCAGCUCCUCUCUACCUAUCUGGGCCUCUUUUUGGUCACCCUCCUCCCCUCCCCUCUUCCUAGCCUUCUUCAUGGUACACACUCUCCCUCCUGUGCCCAGGACUCCUAUAAAUAGAUCAGUUUCCCACAUUCAAGCAAUUAGUGUGCAAUUAUCAAGCAAAAUUCAGACUAAAAUGCAAGCCAAAAGGAACCUCUUAUAAGGCAUUGUUUCCUCCUGAACAAUGAGCUGAUAUGAGAUGUACCAAUCAAAAAAAAAAAAAAAAACACACAAUCAGAGCAAGCUCCCUCCUCCUACUGUUGCUUGCCUCUGAUGGAAACUGAGUUAAGAUUUUAGGAACCUGGACCUUUGAGAACAUGACACCAACGGGUGGUGGCCACAGAGGAUAGGUGCAAAGGUCUUGAAGCUUGCUUAGAGCUUUGUUACGUGGUGGUACACACAUCUUGGCUCGUUGUACCAUCACUGGCAAACCUCAUCAUAUCACAGAUGGGUAUGAGUGUGUGAGUGUGUAAGUGUGUGAGUGCUAGUGUGUGUGUGCAUGCACAUAUUUGUGUGUAUGCACACCUUUGUGCACCUGUGAACACGUGAUUGUUGAUGUACCUGUUGUGCGUAACUCUUAAAAAAAUUGCUUCGCAUUUAAUGUGCAACUUUGAAAUAGUGUAAUAUUUAACUGAAGUUUAUCGCCACUCGGGUUUUGAUGUCUUUGAACGUGUACUUCUAUCUUUCAGCAGGCUUACAGUACAUGUUGCUAAACUAACCUUUCCAAAGAGCUAAGUCGACUUGUAUUGUUUUUCCUUGCCUACCAACAAAAGGGAUUGGGGGGGGGGCUCUUUGUUUUUCCCCUUGUGAGUGAUGCUGAGGAGGGGAUGUGGCUAGGGUACCAGUCACUACUCCAGUUACUGGUCACUGCUAGGGCAUCAACUUCAUCAGUUCCUUCUGUUCCUCUCUUUUCCCAACCUAAUGAAAUAUUGCAGUGUGGCUUUUGUUCAUUAUGAUAACCGUGUGCUCUUUUUGGCAGCCUUUAUUCAAGCCUUCUGUCACUAUCUUAUAUUCAAGUCAGUUAAGUCAUAAUCGUUCAGAAUUGUGGGAAGGGAAGAUUAUUUUGGGGAAAAGGCUUUAACACUUUUAUUUGCAUUUUAGGUUCAGGGCUGCCAGCAGACAGGGUGCAGAGGGGACAGCACAGAUAUAACAUCGCUGAAUAAAUGAAUGGGAGACUUCAUACAUAACAGUACAUACAAAUAGUAACAGGUACAAAUAGUCACAGUAAGCAUAACAAAUAUGCAAUCUUUUUGACACUACUUCUUAGUUUACAGACACAAUUUAUUCAGUAUUGUGCUGGAAGAAUCUUUGUAGAAUAUGUGUACCAGCAUAUCACUUACCUUCCAGCUACCAGUUUAUGCUGCUGUUAAGAAACAAAACAAUGAUGGAACGAUUUUUUGUGACCUCUACAUUUAAUUUGGUAUCAGACAUACUCACUUGGUCAGUAAAAGCGAAAACUUGACAGUUUCAACAGUCUUUACAUUUACUGUUUCUGCUUUACAGAUCUGCUUUGAGUUGCUCUGGCUUUGUCUUCCUUUGUAAAUAUUCUUAGACUUUCUUUUCUUUGUAAACAUUGCAUUUGCAGUUUUGGGAGACAACCUUGCAACUCUGUAUAGUGUUUAUAUAUAUAUAUAUAUAAAUAAAUAUAUAUAUAUAUCUGACUUGCCGUCCCAUAGAGCUACUUGCAAUAAAUGUGUUCAUGUAAA